AUGUCAGAAAACGGUUACACUGACCUAGAGAAGCAGAAAUAUUUGCUUCUCGAAGAGCAUGAAGAGAAGCAUUUCAUGUCUAGUGAGAUUGUACGUGACAUAAUCUUAGGCGUAUCUGACGGUCUCACGGUGCCUUUUGCCCUCGCAGCUGGAUUGUCCGGUGCCAAUGUGACAUCCAGCAUCAUUCUUAUUGCCGGCAUUGCUGAAGUUGCUGCUGGUGCCAUCUCCAUGGGACUUGGCGGGUACCUUGCAGCUAAAAGUGAAGCUGACCACUACAUGAGGGAACUAAAACGAGAGCAAGAAGAGAUCAUCAGAGUCCCCGAUAUAGAGGCUGCUGAAUGCGGAGAAAUAUUAUCACAGUACGGUGUUGAGCCUCACGAAUAUGAGCCUGUCGUGAAUGCUCUGAGGAGGAACCCCCAACACUGGGUUGAUUUCAUGAUGAAGUUUGAACUUGGAUUGGAGAAACCAGACCCAAUGAGAGCACUACAAAGUGCCUUGACAAUUGCUCUUUCUUACACAGUGGGUGGAUUGGUACCCCUGGCACCAUACAUGGCCAUUCCACUUGCUAAAGAAGCUGUAGUUGCAUCUGUUAUAAUAACCAUAGUGGCAUUACUAAUUUUUGGGUUCAUAAAGGGCUACUUCACUGGUAAUAAACCUUUCAAGAGUGCUAUCCAAACUGCUUUCAUAGGAGCCAUGGCGUCUGCAGCUGCUUAUUGCAUAGCUAAGGUUUUCCGAGCUUGA